CAUUCUUACUUUUGCAUAAAAAACAUAUAUAAAUAGCAUUAGUGCCAGUUUUUGACCGAGACUGACUUGAAUAAUAUCAUCCUCUUCAUCUCGAUCACAUCUUCACCGCCCAUCAUGCCUAUGUUAGCUGAUCCAUCCCAAAAGUACAAGCCUUUCCCUCCUGUACAUUUACCCAAUCGUCAAUGGCCAUCUCGUACGCUUGAAAAACCACCUAGAUGGCUUUCCACCGACUUGAGAGAUGGAAACCAGUCCUUACCAGAUCCCAUGUCAAUUGCUGAAAAGAAGGAGUACUUCAAGAAGUUGGUAGAUAUUGGUUUCAAGGAAAUCGAAGUGGCCUUUCCUUCGGCAUCGCAGAUCGACUUUGACUUCACCAGAUUCGCUGUGGAAACAGCUCCAGCAGACGUUGCUGUCCAGGUCUUGUCUCCCUGUAGAGAGGACUUGAUCAAGCGUACUGUAGAGUCGUUGACCGGAGCCAAAAAGGCUAUUGUGCACAUAUACUUGGCUACGUCGGACUGCUUCCGUAACGUAGUCUUUGGAUUAACCAAGGAAGAGUCGAAGGCUCUUGCCGUAAAAUGCGCCAAGUUGGUCAGAUCUUUGACUAAAGAUGACCCCAAGCAACAAGCAACUGAGUGGGACUUUGAGUUCUCGCCAGAAACCUUUUCAGACACCGAUAUGGACUACGCUGUAGAGGUCUGCGAAGCCGUCAAGGAGGCCUGGGGCCCUACUGAAGACAGACCUAUCAUCUUCAACUUGCCAGCUACCGUGGAAAUGGCUACUCCAAACAUAUAUGCCGACCAGAUCGAGUACUUUGCUACUCACAUCUCGGAAAGAGAAAAGAUCGCAAUUUCGUUACAUCCCCACAACGACAGAGGAUGUUCUGUUGCUGCCGCUGAGCUCGGCCAGUUAGCUGGUGCUGACAGAGUUGAGGGAUGCUUAUUUGGAAAUGGAGAAAGAACAGGUAACGUUGACUUGGUCACCUUGGCUCUCAACUUGUAUACUCAGGGUGUUUCACCUAAGCUUGACUUCUCCGAUAUCAACUCUGUUAUCGACGUAGUAGAAAAGUGUAACAAGAUUCCUGUUCAUGCAAGAGCUCCUUAUGGAGGUGCCCUUGUCGUUUGUGCCUUCAGUGGAUCGCACCAAGACGCCAUCAAGAAAGGUUUCAAUGUGCACGAGAAGAAGGUCGAAGCUGCUGCAGGAAAACAUGUCCACUGGCAGUUACCCUACUUGCCAUUGGACCCUCAGGAUAUUGGCAGAACUUACGAGGCCAUCAUCAGAGUCAACUCGCAGUCUGGUAAGGGUGGUUCCGCUUGGGUCAUCUUGAGAAACUUGGAGCUCGACUUGCCCAGAGGAUUGCAAGUGGCUUUCUCCAAGGUGGUUCAACAGCGUGCUGAAGUCAAGGGUCAGGAGUUGACCAACGAAGAAUUGUGUGACUUGUUCAAGCAAGAAUACUACAUUGACUACGAGGGUGACAACUUCAACGACCAGACCUACAAGUUGAUCGACUACUCCAUCCUGACUCCUGCCAAGGGCCAGAAGGAAAUUGAAGCCGAAAUCCAGAUCGAUGACAAGAUCGUCAAGAUCAAGGGCCAGGGUAACGGUCAGCUUUCGGCUUUCAAUGCUGCCCUCUCCAAACACCUCAACAUCGACUUAAACGUCAAGCACUACCACGAACACUCAUUGGGUGUAGACUCGAAUUCUCGUGCAGCCACCUACAUCGAAGUCUCACUCAAAAACGACAACGUCACCAGAUGGGGUGUGGGUAUCCAUGAAGAUGUCUCGCAAGCUUCUUUCUUAUCUCUCAUCUCCAUCUUGAACGGCUUGCACAGAAACAAGGAUAUUUAGAUAUCUUAGUUUCCCUGACGAUACUAUUUAUUCAAGUCUUAUUGUUACGACACCUCUUUAGUUCACCCAAAAAAAAUUAUGAUGAUUACUUGAC